CACCCCGUCCCUCAGGUUCCGCCCUUUACCUUUUUCUGAUGAAGGGUCUAGGCUCGAAACGUUGGCUUUUGUGCUCCUAAGAUGCUGCUGUGUUCAUCCAGUUACACACUUUGUUAUCUCAAAUUCUCCAGCAUCUGCAAUUCCCGUUAUCUCUCGACGGAGAGUCCGCUCUGUCCCUCAGAAAGCUCUCACCGGAGGGCCCGCCCCCUCACCCAAGCCCCGCCCCCUCCCGCUCCGUGCGGUUGAGGUGUGGAAUCCCCAAGGAUAACGGUCGCUGUCGCUCGGUGAAGAGACGGAAAAGCUGGGCCCGGGGCCGGCGGUUCUGGUGCUGUCUGCAGACUCUCCCUCUGAGUUACAGAGUGUUCAUUGUCAGCUCCAACAGAUUUGUUGAAAGAAGUGAUUGGGAUUGUGAUGAGUCGUCUCUGACAGGAUACAACCUCUGCAGUCUGUGCCUGUUCCUCGAGAUUAAAGUUGAUGUGAUUUUUGAUCUUACAUUGAAUCCACUGGGUGUCCACAGUGACAUGAAGAUUUAUUUUGUCCUUGCAUUUCUCUUUACACAACGUCACCUGAGUGAGUCCAAAGAUCCAAUCAAACUGGUUGCUGUUGCAGGGGACUCUGUUUUUUUCCCAUCACCAGGAAACAAGCUAUCAUCCUCACAUGCAGCCUGGAUUUUCGUUACCGGUAACUGUACGGAGAUAAUAAAAUUUGAAGUAGCUGCAACUACCAUAACUAGACCUGCUCCUGCGUAUAAAAAGCGAAUCUUGUUCUAUACAGGCCUCCGGACCUUUGUGCUAAUGUAUGUGCAGGAAGAUGACAGUGGGAUCUACCAUUACAUUGACAAUUCUCAGAAAAAAACUAUAAGCAUAGUGCAUCUCCAAGUCUACGAUCACCUUGCAGAGCCUCAACUAAGCAGUAAUUCCACCCUGGAGAACAGUAUUAUUGCAUUGACUUGUUCAACAUCAAAGAGUAUUCUGUCUGUCACAUGGCUCAUCUCAGGAUUUGCUGCUCAUAAUUACCGAUACACAUUGAUUGAUGAUAACACGACAUUGGUCAUCAAAAAUGCACAGAAAUCAGACUCUGGCACGUACACAUGUUUUGUACGAAACCCAGUCAGCGAAGCCAGCAGCAGCUACGAGCUGACAGUCAAGUAUCAAUACAUCCUAACUGUUGCUGCAGGAAGCAAUGUUACAUUCCCUGGACCAAAAAAUCCCGAAAAGUAUAAAACAACAAUUUGGAUUUUCCAUAACCACAUAAGUUCAGACGUUGUAUCGUUUGCCAGAUCAUCCAACCGCUAUGCUGAAGCCAGAACAGUCACCAGCAUCUAAUCGAGGGGGAGACAUGAGGACCCAGAAACAGUCUCUCAACACCUAACUGAGUGGGAGAAAGGAGGAUUCAGACGCACACCAACAUCUAACUGAGGGAGAGAAAGGAGGACCCAGAUACAAUCUGAGUGGGAAAGAGAAGGAGCAGACACCACUUAAAACAGUCUAACCCUAACAUAACAGCAAAUCCUUGAUUUGAUUGGUUAUUGAGUGGCUGCUGUUGAAGACUUUGUUUCAGCACAAGGAAUUUGGAAAGGCACAAAUAUCUAAAAUAUCACAGGAAAGAACAAAUUUACAGUCACAGAAGAGGGAGCUAAUUGAAUGUCUUUGCAGGAGCUGUGAAACUUUCUGCUUCCGGCAGUGUCUCGAUCAUUACAGCAAUCAAGCAAUUUUAUGCUAACAGUGACCUUAACUUACAGAAAGUGGUAUUUCCUUUAUGCUGGGAAAGAAAAAUGGAGCAGUAGCAGUGUUACAGUGUGAAGUCAAUUAUUUGUCGCAACAGCAUUGCACUGCUAUCAGAGAAGAUCUGGGAAUUAAUGACACAUGGAAGCAGGUCUCAAUUAUUCAAGAUAUUGAAAUGUUUCUUAGAACAGUGUUUGCAAUGUUUAGCAGCUUAACUGAAGAAAGGACAAUUUAAUGAAUUAGCCAAAGUGUUGGUGUGUUAUUAUAACAUUUCAACCUGAAAAUGAUAUGAAAGAAACUUCGCAGUGAGUGCACAAAUUAAAACUGUAGUGUUUUGAUUGCACACUACACGGAGCAAGUGAAUACAUACAACAAUCCAAGAAAGAAAUGUUCACUGAAAAUACUCACAAAGGCAUAAUUGCAUUGACAGUCCUUAGUCAACUGGUAGCACUGUACAAAUUUUUACAGAGAAGCUGAUUGACAACAAUUUAAGCUGUGCAGCAUGUGAAUGCUGAGAUCAGUAAACCGAGGACUCUGUAUAUAGAUGACAUGUUUAGUACAGUGAUAGAGGUCAGAAGGCUUUGACUACUCUCAGCAGCAAUGUGGACGCUGCAGUAAUCCUUCAACCUGCUAUAUGACCACCUGGAAUGCAGAUUACCAGAAGGGGAAUUACUUGAGUGGCAUGCAUUUGAUCAGGCUGUAAUUACUAAGAUAAACAAUUAUGAAUUUAUAAAAGACGUUUUUUGUGAUUGGUAUCAAAAUAACUACUCGAAUACUAACCCAGAGGAGAAUGUGGCCACACAGAUAUGUGAUCAAUACUCCAAGUUCAAAUUUAUGAUGGUGAUUUGGAGGACAGGUCUAAAUACCAGUCUAAAUGGCACAGGCAAUCAAUCAAGCCAACCUCUCAUCCAUUGACUCCAUCUACACUUUCCAUUGCCUUGGAAAGGCAGUCAACAUCAUCAAAGACUCCUCACCCCGAGUUCUGUCAUUAGGCAGGAGAUACCAACAGGUUCAAGAACAGCUUCUUCCCUGCUGUUAUCAGAUGUUUGAAUGGACCCCUUAAAUUUCAAACCUAAUGUUGAUCUUGCUUUUGGUGCACCUUCCUUAUGGCCAAAACUUUGUAUUCCUCACUCUGUUCUAUCACCCUAUGAUCUUUGUGUGGUGUGACCUGCCUGUGCUGUGUGCAAACAUUUCACUUUAUCUAGGUACAUGUGAUCACAAUAAAUAAAACCAAAAUAAAAAUAAACAACAUCCAGUUUCAAAA